CCGGUUAACAACAAGGAAGAAAAUGGCGGCAGGUCGGGAGAACUUCAUAGAGAUUUUCGAUGAUCAUUCGUUCGUCGAAGAGACAAAAAAACUUGAUAAUACUUUAUUGGUACUGGAUUUUACUGCAAAGUGGUGUGGACCAUGCAAGUUCAUAGCGCCCUUUUUUAAACAAUGCAGUGAGAAGUAUAGAGAUGUGAUUUUUAUUAAGAUCGAUGUUGAUGACUGCCAGGAGACAACUUUGAAAUACAGAGUUACAUCAAUGCCAACAUUUCUGUUUAUUUACCAAGGAAAAGUUCUUGAAACACUAAAGGGAGCAAAUCCUGAAGGAUUGGAGACCUCUAUCAAUAAGUGGAAAAAAGUUACUGAAAAUGGAAAGGAGAAGAUUUCAGCUGCUUUUGGAAGAAAAUAUGACUGUUUCAAAGAACUUCUGAAAAAUCCGAAAGAGGCAUUCGAGGUGGUCUCAGAUUUGCUGUGUCGGUUUGCUAAUAACAUCUUGAAAGACGAAAGGAAUGAAAGGUAUCGAAGCAUCCGUCUCGAAAACAAAAUUUUUCUGGAAAAACUGCUGCCAUUCCCGGGUGCUGUUGACUGCUUGUUUCAAAUGGGGUUUCAGGAGCAAGAUGAUAAAUUGGUUAUGCCAAUGGAAUCUUCACUUGAUCCUUUGCGAGCUUUGCUCUGUGCACUGACUGAUGAGCGCGAGAGAAUGCGGGACGCGCAGAAGCCGGUUGACUCAUUCCCUCCUGUGCGGUCUGAAGAAAAUCCGUUGAGAACACUAAUACCCGCAGCUAGCAAUGGCAAAGAAAAGUUGUUCUAUGAAAAAUUAAAAUCUUCGAUCGAUCAUGUGUUUAUUUAUGAAAGUCCAGAGAUGCAGAGAUACGCGUGCUAUAAAAUUCCUAUUGAUAAGUUGAAAGAAGAAGCCAAGAGCAAGGCGUCAGCAGAGAAAGGCGAUGAAAGAGACGAACUUCUGUUGCUUUUGCUUGCCUGGUUCAAGACGGAGUUCUUUUCUUGGAUGGACCAACCAAAAUGCCAUAAUUGUGACAUCCCAACGAAGUGCACUGGCCAUGCUCCCCCAACGGAAGAUGACCGGAAAUGGGGUGCAGGGGUUGUCGAAGAAUAUAUGUGUUCAAAUUGCUCGGGACGCUAUAGAUUCCCACGAUAUAACCAUCCCCAGAAACUUCUAGAAUCAAGGAAAGGCAGAUGUGGUGAAUGGGCCAACUGUUUUACAGCAUGUUGUCGAGCCGUUGGAUUCGAAGCACGUUAUGUUUUAGAUUGGACUGAUCACGUGUGGACCGAAGUUUACUCCGAGCACCAGAAGCGUUGGCUGCACUGUGAUCCGUGCGAGAAUGUUUGUGACAAACCGCUCUUAUACGAAUCCGGAUGGGGCAAAAAGUUGUCAUACGUAAUUGCCUUUUCGGCCGACGAGGUGAUAGAUGUGACUUGGAGGUAUUCGAAAGACCACGAAGAAGUAUUGAAACGACGCAACGAAGUGUCUGAAGCAUGGCUUGUAUCCUUGUGGAUGAACAUGUCAAAGAAGCUUCAGUCUGGUAAUUCUAAGGAAAGAAAUCAUAUAUUAGAAGAAAGAAGAAUAAAGGAACUCAUAGACUUUUUAGUUAGAAAGGAAACGACUGUAGAUGAAAAUAUUGGAAGACAAUCAGGAAGCAUGGCAUGGCGGUUGGAAAGAGGAGAAACCGGAAAGACAGUUGAUCCUGUUGCCAACAAUUACGUGUUUGUGCCAACCGUCUCGGAGUUAGAAAAAGGAAGAUUAAGGGUACGGUAUUGUCCUGCUUCAGACAAAUACAUUAGAGGAGGGGAAGCCGAUAACAGCAAUGCAAACAUUUUGCAAGGAUGGAAAACUGGAGUCUCGGAAUACCAUAGAAUGUUUCGAAAAGUUGAACAAGACUGGAAUAUGGUUUAUUUAGCAAGAGAGGAGGGCACCCUUGAAGGUCAUAUAGCAUGGAAAUUCAAGAUUGAGCACACUUCUUACGUGUUCGACAAAAUUGAAGUGAAAUUGUCGUCAAAAACUUUUGAAAGUGGAUCUGUUGAAAUGAUUCUUGAAAAUGAUGAAAGAAAUGAAAAAAUACCUUCUCAUGAUGCUUGCCAAUAUGUCUCAACAAACUUUCGUUGGUGUACAACAGUCAGACUGGUUGUAAAGCUUUCUGGCGGGAAUGGCGAUGUUGCCUGGCAACAUGCGCAGUUAUUCAGACAGGGAGCUGAUAAUGUCAAUGAAUAUCCCUUUGAAGUUAUUAUCAAUUUUCGCAAGAAAUAAUCAGCCAUUUUAGAAUAAGAUUUACAAUCAAUAGUGUGUUAUAGACUUUUACGAGAAAAUGAUAUAUUUAUGAAACCUGUUAGCGAAUCUACUCUCUUUAUGCCCAUUUUUAAAAAUCUGCGUUAUGUGAAACAGGAUUCAAAUGUGGUUUACGAUUCGAUGUGCUUGACAAAUAAAUCAUACGAUGAUCGUCUUAUUGAAUUGGUUUGCUUCAGAUCGAUUUUGCUACAACUGCCUAGAAUGUAAACAGAGAAGUGCUGCUUGGGAGAAGGGAUGCCAUUACCCUGGGUACCAGAGCC